GCCAGGCGCUGCCAUGUUCAUGCUCUAGGUCCUUCUGGAUAAGCCUUUGUGCUUUAGCAUUGGAUCUCGAUCCAAUACACUUCCGUACAUCUCGAUGGCAGGAGACGACGAUGUCACGGUGGCCUCCAACGUCUUGGGAACCAUUGGGACGAAUUGGAGAAGGAAGAAGACGAAUGGGCUUCCACCAUUGAUGAUGUUUCUCUGGGCUGCUUUGAAUCUACCACUACAGAGCCAGCCACCGAUCUCUGGGUUCUUCUCUCUCGUCAGCUGGGCAUCAUCAGCUGUAGUAAUCACCGCUGCGGUCUUGUUUGGUGGCAUGGAGGCCAUUCUGACCCUGAGGGCAUGUUGGGUUUUCCUUUCCAUCGACCCGUUCGGGGGGCUAGGCUCAUUUGAUAUUCUGGGAGGGUUGAUUGUCUUCCUGGAGGGUGGUAUUUAUGCGAGCCACAUUAUUGGGCGCAUUCGAUCUCGCGCAGUGCGGAAGGAAGCCAAGGCCACGGGUCCUGUUGUUGCUACUGCGGAGAGUGUAGAGCAGAGUGAGAGUGAGUGA